ACUAGACUGCAUUACAAACAGACGAUACCAUCGCUUCAACAGCAUCCUCUCAGACAAGAGCCACUAUUUCCUGAUUCAGAUCAACAGAUCAACUGUCAUCAAAGUUUAAAAGAGGGGAAACAGGAGACAGAAAUACACUGAACCAAAAAGAUUCAAAAGAGCAAUAUAAGAAGUGGAAUCUCUAAGAAUGGCUUCCAGCCUCUGGAAUGAAACCACUACCUCUGUUUAUCAGUACCUUGGUUUUCAAGUUCAAAAAAUUUACCCUUUCCAUGACAACUGGAACACUGCCUGCUUUGUCAUCCUGCUUUUAUUUAUAUUUACAGUGGUAGCUUUAGUGGUGCUGGCUUUCCUUUAUGAAGUGCUUGACUGCUGCUGCUGUGUAAAAAACAAAACCGUGAAAGACUUGAAAAGUGAACCCAACCCUCUUAGAAGCAUGAUGGACAACAUCAGAAAACGUGAAACUGAAGUGGUCUAACACUCUACAGAAGAUGAACAAAAUCUCUGAAAGCAGCUCAACCUCUUCCGAGAAAAAAAAAUCUUCUGAAGCCAACUGUUGCUACAAAACAAAUUCUGACUGAAAGGUUAAAAGAUUUCUAGUAAAAGGGGAAAAACAAGUUAAAUAUGCACUGUUUCUGUGUGUAGCCAUUUCAUUAAACAUACAGUAAAAACUUCAAAAAUGUGAAUUUAUCAAUCUGUUUAAUACUGACACUUCGAAAACUGGAUAAAAGAUUCCUAGAGUUCAAUAUUAAACAGCAAAAGAAAGGUAAGCUGGAAAACACAAGCAAGGCUAAUGAUGUUAAGAUAAUUUUAUACCUAACCAAUUCACGUAGACCAAAAAAUAGUGUGUUGGUAACAAAAAUGCUAUUUAAAAUGUGUUUCUAAGCCCAAAGUAAAAUACUUCCACUUAUAUAUAUA